GCCAAGACGAAGGGAAACAACGUGAAUUUGGGGGUGAAAUACGCCGAGAAACAGCAACGGCGCUUCCACCCCGAGAAACUGCGCGAGGGGAGGAACAUCAUCGGGCUCCAGAUGGGCACCAACAAGUUUGCCAGCCAGCAGGGAAUGACGGCGUACGGGACACGGCGGCACCUCUACGACCCCAAACUGGGGACAGACCAACCCCUGGAUCAAGCCACCAUCAGCCUCCAGAUGGGCACCAACAAAGGUGCCAGCCAG